GCAGCUGCGAGCACCGGAGCAGCGGAGGGUGAACCUCCGUCCGGAAGUCGGGGGUUCGCGGCCAUGACGGCUCCCGCACGCGGCUUCUCCCUGCUCCGCAGCCAUCUGGGCCGAGUCCCGGGGCUGGGCGGGAGCGCGGCGGCGCUCGCGGGGCCGCAGGGGGUCGUCGGCCCCACGUUCCGGGGCUUUCGGAGCAGUGGCACGAGGACCAGCAGAGAGAAGAGAUUCCAUGUUCCAGAGGUCGCCACUGUCUGCCUCCCCACUUGUCCCCAUCCGCAGUCAUCAUUUUUUUAAUGUAGUAUAGUGACACAUUAGUUGUCUAGUUCUUCAUUGUGAAUGUGGUUGAAAUCCAACAACAUUCCUAUUGACUUAUUUUCAGUAGGUUAUUCUUACUGAAAAUUGUCUUUGAGUGUGAUAAACUCUUCACCCAAAGAUACUGAAUUUUUUAACGUAAGAUAAAUAUUACAAGUUUCUGAGCUAUAUAAAGCCUUAAAUGAAUGAUAAAGAUGUAGUUUGGAUUUUUUUCAUAUUUUUGACUAAUUAAAUACCUGUGACAGUGGAGCAUGUAAAUACUAUUUUAGUGGAAUUUUGGUUGACAAAUGAAUUUCAAGUAAUAGUGUUUGAUAGAAUUUGAAAACUACAAAAUCUUGAAGUAUCAUUCAACAUUUUUUUCUCAAUGGUUUUUCCUUUAACAUUUGCAAUGAGUUUUUCUUUCCUAUUUACUCAUGAGAAAUUAAAUCUUAUUAAAGAAAAUAUAUUUAAUGUCAGAUAAAUAAGUUCUAUUAGUUGUAGCUUAUUGUUUCUUAAAAUGAAUUACCUAAACAGCCAAAAAGUUAAAAGUAAAUUAUUGGUAAUUGAAUUUUUCCUGUUUUGCCUUGCAGUGUGAGGAGUUUACAAAUCAAAAUGUCUUUGGGUUAUAAACAUUGUAUAAGUCAGGCCCUGUGCUUUCCAGUAUAUGGAGCUAGGCAGCAACCUUUCCUAUUUGGAGGGGAGGUCACACAAAGACCUUUUAAAUUAAUAUCAAGCAAAAACCAGAUUUGCAAGUAUCCUGCAACAGGGACUUCCCCAAACCUUCUAUUACUCAUCCCUUCUGAAUCCAUUUUCAGUAACUAAGUGGAAUGUUUAUUUUGUUGUUCAGUGAUUCCUAAAUUCAUUAAUUUGGCAGAUUUUUUUUUUCCUCCUCCUGCUAUGAUUUAUUUUAGCAUUUGUAGAAUUUUGUGUACUGUCCUACAGCUCUUUAUGGAAGCCUCAACUUUCUUUAUGUCUCCCUGCCAGUGGCUUUAUAAUUUUUGCAGGUAGGCUGACUUUAAAAAAAAUUAAAACCCUACACUUCUGGACUUUGUAAAAGGCACUGGUAAUGUUAUGUACAUACUAAUGUCUUGUAAAGUAGGUAAUUGAAUUUAAUAAAAACCAAAUUUUAUCACUAAGCUUGUUCAUUUUUCUUCAGAUUUUCCCCUCUAGUACUUAAUAUUUCUAUCUCUGUAGAAUAAU